UUCUAGAAAAGUCUGGGAUUGCGUGACAGAUUCAGUAAAAAUAAUUCGAUCCUCGUAACAGUAAUAGUUCACAAUCUGAAGCUGUAAGAAAAUUAAUCACGUAUCAAUGAUUUGAAAUAUAUCAAAAUGGAAAAUGAAAGCUUCACGAAGUUGAAUGAACUUACGUUUCUCCAAGCUGGUCCAACAUUAGAAGCCACAAAACAGACAACAGCAUUAAGCAUCCAACCUUUAACGUUAACAAACAAAACCUUAUCCGAACUGCAAAAGUGCCUAGUCAAUGAAAAACUAAAACUUCAGACAGUUCACGGAGGUCACGUUGUGAAGUUUGACUGUCUUGUUCCAGUCCCUGUGAUUCUGGAGUCUGCAAGUCCGCAUAACAGGCUGGGUAGGUGAAAUUUGAUUUUUGCUAGCUAACUUUUGCAGAUGAAGGAAAGGAACUUGAUGACUACGAAAUACAGUCGACUCACAAAGGAGCAAAAUUUGCAAUAUACUACAAAGAUUCAGAACAACAAGCUGGACAAGAUGUUAGUGAACAGCAAAACCCAAUUCUACAGCAAGAUGUUGGUGGUGUCAAUACUCUUUGCGGAGGAAACUUUCACCUGAAAAAAAACGAAUAUGCAUUGAGAGGUGAAUUAAGAUCAGAUGAAGGAAAGGAACUUGAUGACUAUGAAAUGCUGUUGACUCACAAAGGAGCAAAAUUUGCAAUAUACUACAAAGAUUCAGAACAACAAACUGGACAAGAUGUUAGUGAUCAGCAAAACCCAAAUCCACAGCAAGAUCCGUUCUUUGGUGGGAGUGGUGAAAACUCAUCAUCAUUUCUACCUGGGAGUAGUCUAGGUUCAGUACCUGACAAUAAUGGAAGCAGAAGGCAUGGAGCUGGAAAUCAUACAAAUAACAUGGAGAAGCGUAAAUCAGAUUCAGUGAACAAAGAUAACAAUGGUUGUGUCACAUUCACAUCAAGUUAUAGCCAGGGAGCGAGAAGAGAGAACGCUCGAAAGCUCUCAGCGAAUCAGUACAUAUCUCCUGAAGCGUUACGGUACAAGUCAAUGGCUCCUUCUUCGGAAUAUACCGAAGGAAAAAUGAACCACUACAAGCUUAAUCACAUUGUCUUUGAAGUAAUACCUGAAGGCUUGCGGGAAAUCUUUAAAAGAGAAUGGGACAAUCGCUAUGGGGAAACCCUGGGAGAAUGGAAAGAUGAACCAAAAAAUGGAAAGGACUUUUGGAACCUUGAAUCCCCACCAAACAGAAAAAGAAAUUUCCGUCGCUCGGGAACUUUUAGAAAUGGUAAAAGGGCUGAAUGGGAUGUUCCUAUGUUGUGUCAUGCCAUCCUUUCUAUCGAUUCCCUCGACAGUCUUGAUCCAACGGUAAAAUCAAGUGUGGAAGACCUAAGAAAUGUACGUAAUGAAUUUGCGCAUUCAUUACAGGCCGAAAUUUCAAUCAAAGAUUUCCAAAGUACGAUUUUGAGAAUUAAGGACGCAUUUCAAGUGCUUGGCUUACGAGAACCUAAAAUCCCGGAAAUCGGCCCCAAGGAAGACACCAGAAUUCUACUGAAGAAAAUUGAUGACAUCGAAAAGAAGCUUGAAGAGUUGGAAUUGAAACAUCAACAAAAAGGAAACGAAUUUGAGAUAAUGAGUGAAGAGGAACGAUAGACCCUUUAAAAAGGUUUACGGGAGGCAGUAGAAUGUUAAAAUAUGUUCAGCAAAAAUUUAUGUCCUAAAGUGCAGACCUUGUCAGGUCAAUGUGACAUAUAGCGAGAAUAUAUUAGUUUGCUUAGAACAAAUAAUGGAAAUUGAUGAGUAUUUCUACCUAUUUCUGAGAGGAAACGGAGAAAACAUGUAUAUAAAGCCGUUAUAACAAGAUUUAACAAAACCUUCUGCACUAUCCACCAGAUAGAAAUUUAUCUAGUGGAUAGCGUUAUCAACCCUCCCAGCUGCCCUAGGCCGGCUGGAUGGUAACACCGUAUAAUGAAGGUACCUUGAAAAAGGUGUUGCGUUUCUGUUUAUACAUGUAAAUAUUGAACUGACUGUAGAUUGAGUAGAGAAAAGGACAAGGACUGGUCAAAUUCGUUGAUGGCGGAUUUGAAUUGAAAUGUGUUAAGUAUUUCUUGUGGUUUCCCAAGAGGCUGCUGAGCUGCUGAACAUACUUAGCCGUGUGAGAACUUGAAAAGUUUUCGACAGUUUUUCUUUUUAAAUGACUUGUCGGUUGUAAGGUAGCACUGAGUAAUUCUUAUUUGAAACAAAUUGCAAGACCUUCAACGUUUAAAACAAGGUCUUAAGUUAGUAUAUUGUAACCAUUUUAUCAGGUUGAUGUCCAUUGACAAUUUUGUGAUAUUUAGGGACUUUAAGCAAACCACGACAGCUACGGCAACGAGAACGUGAAAAAACAAUAGAUUUAAU